GGCGUACAUGUAGCGUAGUUUCAUUUAUGCGGUCGCGUUGGGCAGUUCUUUUCCGUGGAAUAUUCUCUCGAUUACACAAUGAGCGUUUCGAAAGUACAGAACAGCGAUUAUUGCGAUUAUCGCAGUCCUUUAUCGACCCGGUACGCCUCCAAGGAAAUGCGAUACAAUUUCAGUGAUCAAAAUAAAUUCAGCACGUGGCGCAAGCUAUGGAUCUACCUCGCUAAAGCUGAAAUGGAGCUCGGCCUGGCCAUCAAGCCGCAGCAGAUCGUCGAGAUGGAGGCACACGUGAACGACAUUGAUUUUGAAGCUGUCGCCAAAGAAGAAAGGGCAACGAGACAUGAUGUAAUGGCCCAUGUUCACGUUUUCGGUGAACAAUGCCCGCUAGCUGCACCCAUCAUCCAUCUCGGCGCGACCAGCUGUUACGUGGGCGAUAAUACAGAUCUCUUGAUCCUGCGCCAAGGCUUCGACAUACUGUUGCCGAAAUUGGCCAGCGUAAUUCGGCGUCUCGCGAAAUUUGCUCUCGAGCAUCGCAGCUUGCCUACAUUGGGCUUUACUCAUCUUCAACCCGCGCAGCUGACGACAGUUGGCAAAAGGGCGACGCUAUGGCUGCAGGAUUUGGUGAUGGACGAAAGGGCCAUCCGUCGCGCGAGAAACGAUCUUAGAUUCCGCGGAGUCAAGGGCACUACUGGCACUCAAGCGUCUUUCCUUCAGCUAUUCAAUGGCGAUGCAGAAAAGGUGAAGCGAUUAGAUGAUCUUGUCACUAAGAUGGCUGGUUUUGAAAAGCAUUACGCCGUUACCGGACAGACGUAUAGUAGAAAAGUUGAUAUAGAAUGCUUGAACGUCUUGAGUUCACUCGGCGCGACUGUUCACAAAAUUUGCACGGACAUUCGUCUCCUCGCGAACAUGAAGGAAAUCGAGGAGCCCUUUGAGAGUACGCAGAUUGGCUCAAGUGCGAUGCCGUAUAAACGCAACCCGAUGCGCUCCGAAAGAUGCUGCAGCGUGGCACGUCACCUGAUGACACUGGUGAACAACGUCCUUCACACAGCGGCGACCCAGUGGAUGGAACGAACGUUGGACGACUCGGCGAAUCGUCGGCUCACCUUGCCAGAAGCCUUCCUGUCGGCCGAUACAAUCCUGAUGACUCUUCAGAAUAUCACGGAGGGAUUAGUCGUUUACCCCAAAGUCAUCGCCAGGCAUGUGGCGCAAGAGUUGCCCUUCAUGUCCACGGAGAAUGUGAUAAUGGCCAUGGUGAAGGCCGGCGGCGACAGGCAGAUUUGCCACGAAAAGAUUCGCGUGUUAUCGCAUGAAGCCGGAGCGCAAGUGAAGCAACACGGUUUGGAUAACGAUUUGGUCGAUAGGAUCAGAAGAGAUCCAUACUUUGCACCGAUCUUAUCUCAACUGAACACUUUGCUGGACCCAGCGACUUUCGUCGGUAGAGCACCCGAGCAAGUUGUUGAGUUUCUCGAAGAAGAGGUGUAUCCAAUGCUCGAAAAUUACAAGGGACUAGAAAGUGAAACCGUCGAACUCAAUAUUUAAUUAUCGAGGAAGGGAUUUAAUAGUUUUGUAAAAAUCUCUUGUCUUCCAAAGAAAUCUAUGUAUGAUAUUAGAUUAUCAUUUAAAGUGAAAAGAUGUGUGAUUGGAUUUUUUUUUUAGGGGGGGAAAUAUAAAAUUAUGCGAAUACAAUUUUAUUCAUUGUUAACAUUUUUCUUACAUUGGUAAAAUAAUUCGUACAAAAAUAAAUCGCACUGUUCGCCAUAGAUGCGCGCACGCGUUCUCCAUUGUUGUUUAUAAAUCUUUCUCUUUUUAUUUUUUUUUUAUUAUGUCAACAAUUUUUCUCUCCGAUGUAACUACAAUAAUAGUAAACGCUUGCAACAUUUAUAAUAAAAACAGAGUGAAAAUGAUAGAGAUAGAAAGAUAGAAAAAAGAUCGAUAGAUAGGUAGACAAAUAGAUGGAUAGAUAGAUAGAUAAAGAUAAAUAAAACGAAAAAAGAAACAGAUAGACAUGUAGAGAUUAAAUCGGAAAUAGAAAACGAAAUUGAAAAGAAAAAAAGAAAAAAAGA